CUGAAGCGCGCACGCGUGCGUGGAAAGUCCCGCCCCGGAACUGCAGUCGAAACUGCAGUUAAGAGACUGCGUUGGGGAUUUCAGAGGCGGCUGACGGGCGUCUCCGCGUGCAACCAUGAAGUUGAAGGAGACAAAAUCGAGGCAAAAGCCACCACAUCGUGGUAAAUUUCAGACAAAGGGCAUUAAAGUUGUGGGAAAAUGGAAGCAGGUGCAGAUUGACCCAAAUAUGUUUGCAGAUGGACAGAUGGAUGACUUGGUGUGCUUUGAGGAACUGACAGAUUACCGGUUGGUCUCCCCUGCCAAGAAUUCCUCCGGUCUCUUCGAAGAGGAUCCCAAGAAGAGAAAGGCACAAACAGUUUCAGAAGAGGAGGAAGAAGGAGAGCCUAGUUCCCCAAAGAAAAAGGUCAAAUUGAAGAAGAAUAAAGAUGUGGUACUUGUUACUGAAGAAACCUCUACCCAGAAAGAGUUUGAGGUCAAAGAUGCUGAGCCAGAGCCCCAUGGAUAUGACACUGUUUGUCCUGGUCCAGAGGAAGGGAAGGUAGCAUCAGAAACCCUGGUACAAACUGUUCCAAAAAAGAAGAAAAACAAGGGGAAAAAAAAAUUAGAGCCUUCCCAAAGCACUGCCCCUAAGGUGCCCAAAAAAGCUAAGACAUGGAUGCCUGAAGUGCAUGACCAGAAAGCAGAUGUGUCAGCCUGGAAGGACUUAUUUGUACCUAAGCCAGUUCUCCGAGCGCUCAGCUUCCUAGGCUUCUCUGCACCCACACCUAUCCAAGCCCUGACCUUGGUGCCUGCCAUCCGUGACAGGCUGGACAUCCUGGGGGCUGCUGAGACAGGAAGUGGGAAAACUCUUGCCUUUGCCAUCCCAAUGAUUCAUGCAGUGCUGCAGUGGCAGAAGAAGAAGCCUUUGCCCAUCCCAGGUAAUGCUGGAGUGCCAUCUGGAGAGACCCAGACAGAGGCUGGAGCUGAGACUGAAUCACCAAGCAAGGCCGGAAGUGAGUCUGCAGUGCUGCCCAGUGAGGCUGGAGUUGAGACUGUAGCACUCCCCAGUGAUUCUGAGUUGAAGGCCAGAGCCAAGACCCAUGCCUCCAUCUCAGACCAGAGCCUGCUCUGUGAUGAUGAUGAUGCUGGUGAAGGGCCUUCUUCGAAUUAAAACUGCUAUUUUGGUUGGUGGGAUGUCCACACAGAAACAGCAGAGGAUGUUGAACCGCCAUCCUGAGAUUGUGAUUGCCACGCCAGGACGGCUGUGGGAGCUUGUUAAAGAAAAGCACUCCCAUUUAAGCAACCUUCGGCAGCUCAGGUGCCUGGUCGUAGAUGAGGCAGACCGGAUGGUUGAGAAAGGCCAUUUUGCUGAGCUGUCACAGCUGCUAGAGAUGCUCAGUGAUUCCCAGUACAACCCAAAGAGACAGACACUUGUUUUUUCUGCUACACUGACCCUGGUACAUCAAGCUCCUGCUCGACUGCUUCAUAAGAAGCAUGUUAAAAAAAUGGACAAAACUGCCAAACUUGACCUCCUCAUGCAGAAGAUUGGCAUGAGAGGCAAGCCUAAAGUCAUUGAUCUCACAAGGAAUGAGGGCACAGUGGAGACGCUGACAGAGACCAAGAUCCAUUGUGAGACAGAUGAGAAAGACUUGUACCUGUACUACUUCCUGAUGCAGUACCCAGGCCGCAGCUUAGUGUUUGCCAACAGCAUCUCCUGCAUCAAACGCCUGUCGGGACUCCUCAAAGUCCUGGAUAUCAUGCCGUUGACUCUCCAUGCCUGCAUGCACCAGAAGCAGAGGCUCAGAAACCUGGAGCAGUUUGCCCGGCUGGAAGAUUGUGUUCUCUUGGCAACAGAUGUGGCAGCUCGAGGUCUGGAUAUUCCUAAAGUCCAACAUGUCAUCCAUUACCAGGUCCCUCGCACCUCAGAGAUUUACAUCCACCGAAGUGGUCGAACUGCUCGUGCCACCAGUGAAGGCCUCAGCCUGAUGCUAAUCGGGCCUGAGGAUGUAGUCAACUUUAAGAAGAUUUACAGGACCCUCAAGAAAGAUGAGGAUAUCCCACUCUUCCCUGUGCAGACAAAGUACAUGGAUGUAGUCAAGGAGCGAAUACGCCUAGCUCGACAAAUCGAGAAAGCUGAGUACCGGAACUUCCAGGCUUGUCUGCACAAUUCUUGGAUUGAGCAGGCAGCGGCUGCCCUCGAGAUUGAGCUGGAAGAAGAGAUGUAUAAGGGAGGAAAAGCAGACCAGCAAGAAGAGCGUCGGCGACAAAAGCAGAUGAAGGUCCUGAAGAAGGAGCUGCGCCAUCUGCUCUCCCAGCCCUUGUUCAAGGAGGACCUGAAAACCAAGUAUCCCACUCAGUCUGGCAAGCUGCCCCCACUCACUGCUGCCCUGAGGAAUGGUGAGUCUGCGCUGAGCUGCCUCUCCAGACAGAAGAGGAGGCCCAGAGAACAGCAGCAGGCACCGCCACAGCCAAGCACAAGUGCUGUGUGACCGCUGCCCAGUCAGGCUGUGGGAGGCCCAACACCGCUGUCUGUUCUCCGCUGAGCUUGUGAAUCCCUCCUUCCUUCCUCCGUGUACCACUCCACCACCCCAUAAAGAAAAUCUGCUCUCCCACCCUGUAGCAAGAGAGACCCCAUGCAGAUUUGUGUCGUGGAGUAAGAAUUCUCACAACAGCUUCAUCUUUCUGUACUCGUGUUUACAGACUUGUGUGUUCAGCUUGUUCUCUUGAAUUAAACAAAUGGUCAGAGCCA